CCGCCUGCUGAGGGUUGACCCCCGCCGGUCACAGCCCUGAGCUGGACCUGAGCCCUCCGCCCGAAAUCCCUGCGUCCGCCACGGCCCAGGUUAAAUGGAAACCACCCUUGGGAACUGGAUGCUUGUGUAGCUAUUCUACCUUAUCAGUGUAUUGCAAUGAGUGGUGGUGGAGAACAGCCAGAUAUCCUGAGUGUUGGAAUCCUGGUGAAAGAAAGAUGGAAAGUGAUGAGAAAGAUUGGGGGUGGGGGCUUUGGAGAAAUUUACGAUGCCUUGGACAUGCUCACCAGGGAAAAUGUUGCACUGAAGGUAGAAUCAGCUCAACAACCGAAACAAGUUCUGAAAAUGGAGGUUGCUGUUUUGAAAAAACUGCAAGGGAAAGACCAUGUUUGUAGAUUUAUUGGCUGUGGGAGGAAUGAUCGAUUCAACUAUGUGGUCAUGCAGUUGCAGGGUCGGAAUCUGGCGGAUCUUCGCCGUAGCCAGUCCCGGGGCACUUUCACCAUUAGCACUACACUCCGAUUGGGUAAACAGAUUUUGGAGUCUAUUGAAAGCAUCCAUUCUGUGGGAUUCUUGCACCGAGACAUCAAACCGUCCAAUUUCGCCAUGGGUCGUUUUCCUAGUACACAUAGGAAAUGUUACAUGCUUGAUUUUGGCUUGGCUCGACAAUUUACCAACUCCUGUGGUGACGUCAGACCACCUCGAGCUGUGGCAGGCUUUCGAGGGACAGUUCGUUAUGCAUCAAUCAAUGCUCAUCGGAACAGGGAAAUGGGAAGACAUGAUGACCUCUGGUCCUUAUUCUACAUGUUGGUGGAGUUUGUAGUUGGCCAGUUACCUUGGAGAAAAAUAAAGGACAAGGAGCAAGUAGGCUCUAUCAAGGAGAGAUACGACCACAGGCUCAUGUUGAAACAUCUCCCUCCAGAAUUCAGCAUCUUUCUAGACCAUAUCUCCUCUUUGGAUUAUUUUACAAAACCAGACUACCAGCUUCUUACAUCCGUGUUUGACAAUAGCAUCAAGACCUUUGGAGUAAUUGAGAGUGACCCUUUUGACUGGGAGAAGACUGGAACUGAUGGCUCCCUAACAACCACCACUACUUCUACCACUCCUCAGUUGCACACUCGCUUGACCCCUGCUGCAAUUGGAAUUGCUAAUGCUACUCCCAUCCCAGGAGACUUGCUUCGAGAAAAUACAGAUGAGGUGUUUCCAGAUGAACAGCUUAGUGAUGGAGAAAAUGGCAUCCCUGUUGGCGUAUCACCAGAUAAAUUGCCUGGAUCCCUGGGACAUCCUCGUCCCCAGGAGAAGGAUGUCUGGGAAGAGAUGGAUGUCAACAAGAAUAAGAUAAAGCUUGGAAUCUGUAAGGCUGCUACUGAAGAGGAGAAUAGCCAUGGUCAGGCAAAUGGUAUUCUCAAUGCUCCAAGCCUUGGUUCACCAAUUCGAGUCCGUUCAGAGAUUACUCAGCCAGACAGAGAAGUUCCAUUGGUGCGAAAGUUACGUUCCAUUCACAGCUUUGAGCUGGAAAAGCGUCUCACCCUGGAGCCAAAGCCAGAUACUGACAAGUUUCUUGAGACCUGCCUGGAGAAAAUGCAGAAAGAUACCGGUACAGGAAAAGAAUCUGUUCUCCCUGCUGUGCUUCAUAAACCUACUGUGUCCCGUACUGACCACAUCUGGCACUAUGAUGAAGAAUAUCUUCCAGAUGCCUCCAAGCCUGCUUCUGCCAACACCCCUGAGCAGGCAGAUGGUGGUGGCAGCAAUGGAUUUAUAGCUGUUAACUUGAGCUCUUACAAGCAAGAGAUUGAUUCCAAAGAAUGGGUGAUUGUGGACAAGGAGCAGGAUCUUCAGGAUUUUAGGACAAAUGAGGCUUUAGGUCACAAAACAACUGGAAGCCCUUCUGAUGAGGAGCCCGAAGUGCUUCAAGUCCUGGAGGAAUCACCUCAAGAUGAAAAGCUCCGAUUAUGUCCUUGGGCAAAAAAUGAUCAUUUAAAGAAGGAAACCUCAGGUGUGGUCUUACCACUUUCUACAGAAUGUCCUGCCACUGCUGCUUCAGAACAAUAUACAGAUAGGAUGGAACUCCAGGCUGGAGCUGCUAGUCAGUUUAUUGCAGCGACACCCACAAGUCUAAUGGAGGCACAAGCGGAAGGACCCCUUACAGCGAUUACAAUUCCUAGACCUUCUGUGGCAUCUACACAGUCCACUUCAGGAAGCUUUCACUAUGGUCAGCAGCCAGAGAAGAAAGAUCUUCAGCCCGUGGAGCCCACUGUGGAACUUUACUCUCCAAGGGAGAACUUCUCUGGCUUAGUUGUGACAGAGGGUGAACCUCCUAGUGGGGGAAGCAGAACAGAUUUGGUGCCUCAGAUAGAUCACACUGGUCAUGACAUGUUACCCAAUAUUAGAGAAAGUGACAAAUCUCAAGACCUAGGACCAAAAGACCUUCCUGACACUAACAGACUUGUUGUGAAAGAAUUUGAGAAUUUCCCCGGGGAAACUGAAGAGAAAAGUAUUCUUUUAGAGUCCGAUAAUGAAGAUGAGAAGUUAAGUAAAGGGCAGCACUGUAUUGAGAUCUCCUCUCUCCCAGGAGAUUUAGUAACUGUGGACAAGUAUCACUCAGCUACCACAUCAGAACCUCUUGAUGUGACAAAGACACAGACUUUUAGUGUGGUGCCAAAUCAAGACAAAAAUAAUGAGAUAAUGAAGCUCCUAGUGGUCGGAACUUCAGAAGUUUCUCCAAGAGUUAUUGACCCACAUAUUAAAGGACAAGUAGGCCAGGUAACAGCAGUGCAAAAAAGUAAGAUCCCUAAGGAUGAUGACAUCAUGAGCGAAGACUUGCCAGGUCACCAAGGAGACCUCUCUACUUUUUUGCACCAAGAGGGUAAGAGAGAGAAAAUUGCUCCUAGAAAUGGAGAAUUAUUUCAUUGUGUUUCAGAGAAUGAACAUGGUCCCCCAACCCGGAAGGAUAUGGUUAGGUCAUCCUUUAUAACUAGACACAGCCGAAUCCCCGUUUUAGCACAAGAGAUAGAUUCACCUUUUGAAUCAUCAUCUCCAGUCUCUGCAAAAGAAAAACUCCUCCAAAAGAAAGCUUAUCAGCCAGACCUAGUCAAGCUUCUAGUGGAAAAAAGGCAACUCAAGUCUUUCCUUGGUGACCUUUCAAGUGCCUCUGAUAAAUUGCUAGAGGAGAAACUAGCCACUGUUUCUGCUCCCUUUUCUGAGGAGGAAGUCUUCACUCCUUUUUCAAGACUGACAGUUGAGUCUCACCUGAGUAGGUCAGCUGAAGAUAACUUUCUGACACCCAUCAUCUCCCAGUCCAGAAAGAGUAAAAUACCACGGCCAGUUUCAUGGGUCAACACAGAUCAAGUCAAUAGCCCAACCUCAUCCCAGUUCUUGCCUCGGCCACCACCAGGAAAGCCACCCGCAAGGCCUGGAGUAGAAGCCAGGUAA